GCCGCGUGCUUACCGCUUGUCGCUUACUUCUCUGAAACAUUGUUCUAAUAUCAUUGUCUAUAUACAAUAUUAAUCACUAACAACAGUUCACUUUAAAUAUAACACGGUAAUUACCGGUUCUAUUUUUUGCUAACAUAUUUCCUCAUAUUGUGUCUAAUAUUUAACUUUUUGUAUUAGGAAUGUGGAAAGGAUUAGGUUAGGGUUUUUUGCGGUGCUGAAAUAAAUCAAAGGUACCAUGCGGCGGGCCUGUUGGCUGUUAUUGGCGUUGGUGCUGACGGACGUUGCUUGCGAGCGCCCCGAACCCGACCGUCCGUUAGAUCUCGUCAUUGAUACUGAAACCGCCGAUACAGAUUACUCGAUUUAUGUAGGACAAUGGACUGACUGCACGACUCAAGACCCAGGGGAACAUGCUGCCAAAUCUAUUGAUAUGUACAACUUGCAAAAAGAGCCCGACUCGUUAGUGCAUACGCCUCGGCUCGGCCUGCAGCGACGGCAAGUACAGUGUCGGAGAAAAGAUGGACGUUUCGUUGAAUCGAUGUACUGUGGUUCGGCUCUGGCACAUAUGGGCACAACCAGAGUAUGCAUUAUGAAAGAAGACUGUUCUCUAGCUGAGUGGUUACCAUGGCGACCACGAACUGAUGGUGCUCUUGUACGCAUACGUAGAUUAAAACGUUUACCACAAGGUGCUGGAAAAGAAUGUGAUGUAGUUGAAGAAGUGAGACCAGCAGUCUUAGAACCGAGCGCACACUGGGUCCCCGGACAAUGGAGCCGUUGUAUCAUCACCACUGAAUCACCAACAUUCUCCCGUAUCCCACCAACUAGCGAUGACACUGAUGACGUUGACAGCGAUGAUUAUGAUGGCUACGACUACAAGGAACCGGAAAGUGAGGCCACUUGCGGAGGAGGCAUACAGAGAAGAAAUGUAUUGUGCGCGCGCGCAGAUGGUCGAAUUCUGCCGGAAGCCCAAUGUGAACACACGCCUUCGCCGACACUUAUGCAGCCAUGUGAAGUACCAUGUCCCCGGGACUGCGUGGUCGGUGAAUGGAGUGAAUGGGGCGCAUGCCAGCCCACAGACGGGUGUCCUUUGUUCCCAGUACAACAACUUACUACUACCGGCUACAGUGUACGUCGGCGACGCGUCAAGUCCGCAGCAUCAGGAGGGGGUGCUCCGUGCCCUCCUCUCGAAGAGAAGCGGCAUUGUUCCACUCCACGGUGCGCCGCCUGGAAGACCUCCUCCUGGGGACCCUGUAUACUCUACGAUUCGCACGACACGUGCGGCCGUGGGAAGAGAACGAGAGAGUUGAAAUGCAUCGGUCAUGAUGGGAAGGAAGCGCAACGCGGAUGGUGUGGGGGAGCGGGUGCGCCGGCGGCCAGCGAGCGGUGCCGGAUCGCGUGCGCGGGCGACUGCGUGGUGUCCGCGUGGGCCGCCUGGUCGACCUGCACCGCGCCCUGCGCCGCCCCCGCGCGCCCCGCGCCCACCCGCACUCGCCACCGACACGUCCUCGCCCAUCCCUCUCGUGGUGGAUAUUCGUGUCCACCAGAACACGAGUUGGUACAAAACGAGACGUGUAACAACCACGGAUGCGCCACAUACUCGUGGCUGGCGACGCCCUGGGGCCCGUGUGAACAUCGCCAUCAGGACUUCAUGGCCACUGCCAACUACACUGACAUAUCGGACGGAGAACCAUUCAAUGAAAGUGAUGAGGAAGAACCAUGCGUUGAAGAAGGAGUGAUGGUGAGACAGGUGAUGUGUAUCCAGAACAACGCUGACGUCGUUCGUGGAGGACUAUGUGCACCUCUGCAUAAGCCUGCAGCAAGACGCGCCUGCACCGUCCGGUGUCGGCGACGUCCGUGCAAAGUCGACGAUUGGAUGCCUUGGUCACCGUGCCCCAAUACAUGUGAGCCUGGACAACAAACUCGUGUUCGAGUAGUCCACGGAGGGCCAAACUGCGGCGCACGGCAGGAGUCGAGGGACUGUCCAAUCGCACCAUCAUGUCAGCCGCUAGACUCCACCUGGGUGGCGGGAGAGUGGAGCACGUGCCGCAUGCCGCCCUCACAACGAUGCGGCGUUGGAUACAGAGUCAGAAGUAUUUGGUGCGGCUCAGAAUCGAAUCGAGUGGAAGCAGGUUUCUGUGCAGGCCAACUAGUCCCGCAGAGCGUCGCACCUUGUAAAGUGACUUGUGACUUCACAGCUCCUCUCACAUGUGAAAUGAUUUGUGCCAAUCCAUUGAAAUACUUAGAUGCAACAGAGCCGGAUGUACCAACUUGUGUUUGCAAGAAUGUGUCCUUGGAACUCUUGCCAGCCGAUUCAGACUGUAUCCUACCAUAUAGUAACGAUUGUGGAGAAGGUAAAACACUGAGGGCUGCCCGUUGCAUGGUCGGUGGUCACGAUGUACCGAUGGACGUUUGCAAGAAGUAUCAUCCGCUUACGGGUCCAAAUCGCGUUCGUGAGGCAUCCACCGAUGGAUACACUUACGACGGUGAUUUCCCGUCUUUGUUGCGAGGCGCGUGCACGGUGACGUGCAGGCGUGACUGCGUGCUGGGAUCCUGGGGCGAGUGGGGACCCUGCGCUGUGGAGCCGGACUCUAGGGCUGCUUUUAGAUUCCGCACCAGGGAGGUGAUACAGGAGGCGUCUGGCGGCGGGCGCGAGUGCGGCGCGACGCUGCAGCGCGCCACGUGCACGGUGCGGGCCCCGCGCUGGUCCGCCGCGGACUGGCCGCCCUGCGCGCCCAAGCACGCACUCUGCGGACGCGCACUCGUCAACCGUAGCGUCACGUGCAUAGACUCGGAAGGCAAGAUACUCGACGAUGCAAACUGCGAGGCGAGUGGUGCCGGCCCGGCUCCACCGCGGGAGGCUACGUGCCGAGCGCCUUGUCCGAGAGACUGCGUCCUAAGUGCUUGGUCCGAGUGGAGUCCUUGCGAACAGACGAAGUCUGGUGGACGACGCGAUCGUACACGCGCAGUGCUGCGGCCGGCUGCGCCCGGCGGAGCACCCUGCGGACAUCUGGUGGCGGCUGAGCCCUGCGCCCCGCACGCCCACUCCUGGCACGUGGCGCCCUGGGACGACUGCCAGCCGCUAGGAGGUUCGCCCUGUGGUGAAGGUAUCAAAAGGAGAUCGGUUCGGUGUCUCAGAAGCGACGGGGUCUUUGUCAACGACUCAUUUUGUCCGAAUACGACAGCGACAGAAGCAAGCGAGUCGUGGUGCUACGUGCCAUGCGGCGUGGACUGCGAGCUCACUCAAUGGAGCGCAUGGGAUACUUCUGCGUGUGCCUGUGGCGAUUCAUCUUCCACUAAAUAUAUGCGUCGUACCAGAGACCAUUUAACAACAGUAGUGUGGCCGGGUCGAGCAUGUGGACCUACAGAACACCGCGCACCAUGUCCUCGGAAGCCCUGUUUGAGACUCGUGGCGAGACCUUCUCUCGGAUGUCACGUCAAGACCUCUUCAGGAGAAGAAGCAGAUGCUUGCGGCUGGGGGGUAAAAAUAUCACACGUGCGCUGCGAACUCACCACUGUUGGUGAUGAGCCUAUGAUGGAGGCAUAUUUAGAACCCUGGCGCUGCUCGCCUGCACUACCUGGAAGGAUUAUUUCCCCACAGAUAACUUAUCAGGAGGAAGAUGUUUGCGAGGCAGACUGCGGGUGUAGGGAAUCAGAGAUUGGACAGCCGGGACCGUGGGGCUCGUGGGGAUCGUGCCGUGGGGGAGCACGCUCCCGCACUCGACAACUGGUUCUUCCUGCGCGUCGUGCUUGCAGAACACCAUCCAGAUUUGUGACCAUCGAGUGGGCCAACUGCACGGGCGACGCCGAUGAGAUCCCGGACCUCCUCGCUGUAGAACCUCGUAACGACAAACCGCGCCGCGCCUGGCUUGAGCGAGAUGUGUACCAUGAUGGAUAUAUUGAGGGAAGCACAUCAGUGCUAGCGGUGGUGUGGACUGCAACUAUCGUGCUCAGCUUCUAUGGAGCUUUUAUGCUGUACCGUGGAUUUAUCAGGUGUCUCAGAAGCAGGAAAAUGAGAUCCAUCGCCAAAGUCUAAACCAUCAAGUGACCAUCUUCUGUGAGAAUCUCAUUCGCCCGAGCGGACUGCCGUACUCGGGUUCUAUUACUCUAUGGACAAUACUGUUCCACAUUCUGUUGUCUGUUUCGAAUACUCUAUACAUAAUAUUAAUUAUUCUUUGAAAAAAGAACUUACUAUAUUGUUUAUUUAUGCUAUUAUCGAUGACUAACGUUAUCAAUAUCAUCUUCUUUAAGACUAUCAAUGAUUGAUCUCUAUUUA